GCACUUAACCAAAAAUAUUAAUUAAAAACAAUUACUUUUAAUAAGAAUAGUUAGAUGUGUACUUUAAUUAGUGAGUAUUUUCGAAUGGGCUUUGUAGUAUAAUGUUUUCCAUAACUUAAUUUACAAAGUGGGGUCCAAAUUUCAACAUGCAAAACUUGUUAUAAAUUAAAUUAAUUAAAUUAUAUUUAUAUAGUAUGGCAAGUUCAUUUGAUCACGAGGAUAAAGAUUCCUGGUAUUUUGGAGCCAUAGGCCGACAUGAAGCUACCAAUUUACUUAUGGAUGAGCGAGAAGGGGGUGUUUUCCUUGUAAGAGACAGUGCAACUUGUGUAGGAGAUUAUGUUUUAUGUGUUAAAGAAGACAGUAAAGUUAGUCAUUAUAUAAUUAAUAAAACGCAAGCGCAGGAUCAGUCCAGAUACAAAAUUGGGGAUAAUUUUUUUAAAAACAUACCAGAACUGCUUUCUUUCUAUAAAGUACAUUACUUAGAUACAACACCAUUAAUCAGACCAGCUAGCAAGAGGGUGGAAAAAGUUAUUGCUAAGUUUGACUUUGAUAGUUCGGAACGAGAUGAUCUUAGUUUUAAAAAGGGAGAUAUACUAACCAUAGUAUUUAAAGAUGAGGAACAAUGGUGGACAGCGAGAGACAAAAAUGGUAGAACUGGUUCAAUUCCAGUACCAUAUGUUCAAAAAAUAGAGGAAAAUCAUUCUCCAGUAGAAAUCCCUAGGCCUGGAUCUGGAGGUCCAGUUAGUAAUACUUCCCUACAAGCAGAAGCAGCAAAAAGAAACCAAAUGCAGCGAAAAUUACCGGCUAAAGCUCGAGUUAAGCAAGUGCGAAUUCCUAACGCUUACGAUGAAACCGCUUUAAAGUUAGAAAUAGGCGACGUUAUAACUGUUACGAAGACUAAUAUAAACGGACAGUGGGAAGGGGAACUCAAUGGGAAAUCUGGAUACUUCCCAUUCACGCAUGUUGAAUUUCUGGACGAAGAAAAUGGAAGUUAGUCAGUCAUACUCUGGUUGUAAAAUUUUUUAAAUAUUUUGCUAUUGUAUAGAGCUCGAAUUUGAUUGUGUAUAUUUAUUGAUUUUAAUGUAAUUGGCUUUAACAUUAAUACUACAUAUAUAGAAGUAUAUACUAUAUUCAUUUAUUUAUGAACAAUUAUACAACUGCGCUGUUAUAUUCAAUUUAUAUUUUUAUUAAUUACAUAUCAGU